ACUGAAUCAAGAGGAAUACGGUUUAGAAAAUUAUUUUAAAACGUUGUUUCUGAUUGAUUUUGCUUAAAGAAUAAAGUCAGAUAAGACCAUUUGCAAUGGAUGUUUUUAAAAAGCUUGGCGUUCCUGUAGAAGAAAUUGAAUGGGGUAUUAAAGUAAUUCUUCAGACAGCAAUAAUAUUUGUUGGAAUAUUUGGGAACAUAUAUAACAUCUACAGUGUGUUCUCCAAAUCUAAACUUCCAAAGAGCACGAACGUAUUCAUAACGUCCUUAUCAGUAGCUCUUAUAUUCCAAACUUGCAAUGCGAUUAUCGACUACGUGGACCACUUGUACAACAAGGGGCCAGAAGAAGAGUACUUCUGGGGACUCCGUGAAUGCGACACUUGGCACACCCUCAAUGUCUACUUACCCAUGUUGUUGGCACUGCUAUGCUUCUGCAGUCUCCUUGAUCGUCUCAUUGUGCUCACACAACCUGAGUUACACUCGAGGGUCAUGAACAUUUGUACUGUCACAAUUAUGUUGGGAGUUUCUUACAUCUUGCCGGCUCUUGUGACUGUACCACCUAUCUACUUUAAAUGGUACACCACUGAAGAACAUAUUAGAUGGAGGAAUGAUAAGGAGUGCAAAUUCAAGACGAACAUGACAUACGCUCUGGUUUCUCCAGUGAUUACCUUCUGGGCCCCAUUAGCAUUGAUCGCAAUUGUUAUCACAAGAAUGUUUAAAACUAUGGAACGCCAAGAACGUGCUGUGCUUCUGUCCACACUAUCAGUAUCCAGUGGUGAGAAGCUCCCUUGUGUUGAUAACAAGAAAACUUGCAGAGUACCCUGGAAAGUUGGAGAGAUGCGAAGACACCACAGACUCGCGAUUACACUGUGGUCUGUUUACUGGAACGUAGCUCUCUUUUGGAUCCCUCAACAUGCUUGGCAAUUCAUCUAUAAGGUAACAGAUGCGGAUUGGCCCCGAGCAACCAAUUUUAUGGCCUGGGUUGGAUAUCUCCCAUCACUGAUACUACCAGCACUGUAUCGAUAUUACAAUAUUUAUAAUUUGUAACUAUAUUAAGAAUAACAAUCACUGUCACUUUAUGUACACAUUGAGUUAUAAUUAUGUCACAGUUUUGAUCGAAAUAGAAUUUAUCAUUAUACUUAUAAAGAUAUGUAUACACGUGUAUUAACCAGCAUUGGUAAUAGAUUGCUGUUAAAGUACUGUAAUAUACUAAGAUAGCUGCACAAAUAAUGUUGACAAAGAAAAAAUAUCACUUUAGUAGGCUAGGUAGUUAUGUUUUUGCGCUUUAUAUCACCAGUUUUUUCUCAAUUGUUUUGUUAUUAAAAUAUUUUUACACCUGUACAACAUUUUAUGCU